UUACGAGAAAAAAGGAUUCGCAAGUCACUAUCCCGAUACGAUACGAUCAUACCGUUUUUGCUUCUCCUUUCCCGCAAGUCACUGUCCGUAACCGUCGCCUGCCGCAUCAUCACGUCGUCUCAUAAGAUAGGUGAUCACAAUGAUUGGAUCGUUUCUGACAAGAGGGCUUUUAAUGGUGUUUGGAUAUGCGUAUCCUGCUUAUGAGUGUUACAAGACGGUGGAACUCAACAAGCCUGAGAUUGAACACCUUCAGUUCUGGUGCCAAUAUUGGAUUAUUGUAGCUGUUUUAACGAUUUCCGAACGAGUUGGUGAUGCUCUUGUUUCCUGGUUACCAAUGUAUAGCGAGGCCAAGUUGGCAUUCUUUAUUUAUCUAUGGUUCCCAAAGACCAAAGGAACCACAUAUGUGUACGAUUCUUUCUUCAGGCCAUACAUCUCAAAGCAUGAAGAUGAAAUUGACCGCAGCUUGAUAGAGGUACGGACUAGAGCUGGGAAUAUGGCAAUGAUAUAUCUCCAAAAAGCAAUUAACCAUGGACACACAAGAUUCUUUGAGAUCUUGCAGUAUAUUUCCGAACAAUCUACACCAAAAUCUAAGUCAGAGGAAAAGAAACAGACAACAACACCUGAAGUUGAUGAUCCAAUCCUUAAGGUGAAAGAAAACGAAGCUACUAAGUGAGGUAGAGACUCAUCCAAGAGGAAAACACUUAGACUGACUCGUGAAUACACAUUGUACUAACUAUGUAUCAUUCAUCUUCUUUCUUUUAGUCGCUAAUAGGAGGAAUAAAUCAUACUAUGUGGAUUAGUGUUUCUUAAUUUCAUAUGUCAAAUGUAAAUUGCUUCGGAGAAUAAAUAAAGUACCUUUUAAUCCA